AUGCGACUAUUGGUUAAGAUGAUCAAACUGCAGCAAAAACUGUAUGCUUCAACAAUUUCUAACGAAGGAGUUAUCAACCGUGAUCGUUUACGACUUUUCGUACGUGCAGGUAAUGGUGGACAAGGACUGCAACGAUUUAAUGGUGUUGGAGGGAAUGGUGGUGAUGUGAUUAUGGUUGGACAUUCGAAGAUGACUUUUGAAGCGAUGCUGAAGAAUGCUAAACAUCGUGUAUUGAAGGUGCAAGCUCAAAGUGGUGUCGAUAUAAUAAAUGCGGAAACUAAAAUGUUGAUAGCACGUUGUUCACGACCAUUCUUCAAUUACGUGAUAGCACGAGGUGGUCAUGGUGGUUGCGCCGAGAAUUCCUUUCAAGCGACGGCUGGAAAAUCAACAGUUAUGAAGGCAUUGGUGCCAAAAAGAAACAUCAAAAUAGCCUGUUAUCCAUUUACAACAUUGAAACCUCAACUUUGUUACAUUAAUAACUUUGGAUCGGAAUUAGAAUCAAUAGACGAUGGUGAUGAUUCAUUUAGUUUAUCAAUCGCUGAUCUGCCAGGUUUGUUAGAAGGAGCAGCACUGAAUCGUGGAAGAGGUAGAGAAUUUCUAAAGCAUCUGGAAUUCAGCGAUAUAUUAUUGAUGGUUGUUGAUGUUCUUGGUUUCAAACUUGACUUAUCCGUAAAUAAUCCGUACCGUAAUGCACUAGAAACUGUUGCACUUCUGAAUAUAGAGUUAGAGAAAUAUGAUCCAGCUUUAGUGAUGAAGCCGACGAUCAUUACUCUGAACAAAAUAGAUUUACCCAAUGGUGAACAGAAAGCUAAUGAAUUGGUUUCAAUUCUGGAAAAGGAAAAUUGGCCAGAUGCAUUACCAGAAGAGAUGCGACCUACCAAGCCAUUAUCUGUAAAAGCAGUAAUACCGAUUGCAGCGAAGGAUCGCCGGUUAGGUGAUUUGAAAAAACAGCUGAAAUUUCUCUAUAAACGAUUGCAUCCUCUAUCAGUGCCAAACAUUGGUUCCAUUAAAAAAACUGUACUUGCUUGA